AACAAGUUGGACAAACAAUGAAGCUGGAAAUAAGCAGCUGUCCCACACCGGGAUGUGAUGGCAAAGGUCACGUCAGCGGGAGAUAUUCACGGCACAGAAGUGCUCUGGGCUGCCCUAUCGUAAAGAAAAGGAAGCUUCAGGAGGCUGAAGCUGAAGAAAACCCAUCGUCUCCCAGGAAGAGGCUGCCGCCUACCAAACCGGCAGAUGAAGACAGCGACAUGGCAGAAGAGGAGGAGCAGAAAGACGAGGAGGAUGGGGAAGAAACGGACGUCAUUAAAGACAAAAAGAAAAAACAAGUCAAGAGUGAGAUAGAAAAUGUCCAUGCCCAGAGGACAGAAAACUUCAGCGAGGAGCUGACAUGCGUGAUAGUCACAGAGGAGGAAGACAUCCAGUCAGAGUCCACAUACCAGCCACCAGAGCUCCCAGUGGAAGAAACGGUCGUUCCCUACCAAGAAGAGAUGCAAGGAGAUGAAGACGAAGAUGAAGAAGAAGAAGACAACCUAGGAGAAGAGCAACACGACAGAGAGGGAACUGAGGAGGAGGAGGAGGAGCAGGAGGAGGAAGAGGAGGAGGAGGAGAGGGAGAUGAGAAGGCAGAUAAUGAGGCAGCAAAAUUCUGAUCACCAAUAUUCAAGUGGAGAUUACACAAAUCAGGCCAGAGAUACGAAACAUGUGCAGAGUAACGAGAAUGAGGAGGAGGAGGAGGAUGAGGAGGAAGAGGAGGAAGAUGCAGUGAGAGAGACCGUUUUCGAUCAGGAAUCUGAAACCGUUGUGUCUCUCAGGGAAGAAAAGGUCAACACUCAGAGGAUGGAGGAUGAAGAGGACAGAGAAGCAGCAGAGGAGGAGUCGCAGAGCAGCAAAGCUGGUGAGGUGGUCCAUGAUGAUGAUGAGGAGGAGGAAGACGAAGACGAAGAUGAAGAAGAGGAAGAAGAAGAGGACGAAAACUCUAGCAAAGCCUCUCCAAGCACGGUGAUCAUUGAAGUCCGCUCUGAAGAGGAGGAGCAUGAGGAGGAGGAAGAAGAAGAGGAGGAGGAGGAAGAUGAUGAUGAGGAACUGGAGGACGAAGAGGAGGAAGACAGAGGAGAUUACAUGGAUCGACUCUCAGACGGAUCCGGCGUCACGGAUGACUCUGAAAACUGGGAUAUGACUCGAGGGAACCUGGGGCUGCUGGAGCAGGCUAUCGCUCUGAAGGCGGAGGAGGUCCAGGGAGGUCAGGAGAGUAGCAGGUCUCCCGACUACCAGCCCUGCAGCACCUCCUCCAAGACCUCCGAUGGCGCCCGCCGCUCCGCCCACUGCAACAAAGAAAAGAAGGAAGUAAAAUGUCCGACUCCUGGCUGUGAUGGGACCGGUCACAUCACCGGGUUAUACCCUCACCACCGCAGUCUGUCUGGAUGUCCUCACAAGGACAGAAUACCUCCAGAGAUUCUGGCCAUGCAUGAAAAUGUGUUGAAGUGUCCGACGCCUGGCUGCACCGGCCAAGGUCACGUGAACAGUAACCGCAACACACACCGCAGCCUGUCCGGCUGCCCCAUAGCAGCAGCAGCUAAGCUGAACAAAAACCAGGACAAGCAGGUCCAACUGCAGGCCUCAGCCGCUGAGCCCACCUCCAACUCGGAUAGAGUGCUACGACCGAUGUGUUUUGUGAAACAGCUGGAGAUCCCUCAGUAUGGCAGCUACCGGCCCAACACGGUGACCACCACACCCCGAGCCAACCUGGCCAAGGAGCUGGAGAAAUACUCCAAGGUUUCUUUUGACUAUGCAAGCUUUGAUGUCCAGGUGUUUGGGAAGCGCAUGAUCGUUCCAAAGACGCCUGGCGCCGCCGACACGUCCCCCAAAGCGUUUAAACCUAAACCUUUUCCCAAGACGUCCUCACCGACCCAUGGUACAUCAGGAAGUUUCCCCAAGAACACGCCGUCCUCCAGCGGUUACGACUACAGCCAGGAUGCAGAGGCAGCCCACAUGGCAGCUACAGCGAUCCUCAACCUGUCCACCCGCUGCUGGGAGAGACCAGAGACCUGCAGCACCAAACCCCCGGAGCCGUCCACCAAGGAGGUGGCAAUAGAGGUGGAUGAGAAUGGCACCUUAGACCUCAGCAUGAAAAAGACCAAGAGAGACGAGAUAAAGUCUCCUGAACCUUCAUGUACUUUGGCUUCCUCCUCCCAAACUGUGGGGGCCACAACAUCUCAGGACUGCGCCCAGGCAGAGUGGGAUGGUCCCCUGGAUUUCACCAAACCCAGUGAAGUUAAGGAGGAAGACCAUGAAGAGAUGGAAUACACAGCUCCUUCAUAUACUUCAUCUGAAGAUGAGGAGGAGAACCAAGAAAACCCAGGAGAGCGGAAGUACCCUGGUGAAGUUACUACCAGCAGCUUUAAGGUCAAGUUUCAACCCAAAGACAACAAAAAAGAAGUUAUUGUAUGUCCAACACCAGGCUGCGAUGGGAGCGGACACAUUACUGGCAAUUAUGCAUCUCAUCGAAGUCUGUCAGGCUGUCCUCUUGCUGAUAAAUCACUUCGGACCCUCAUGGCUGCCCACACAGCUGAACUGAAGUGUCCGACUCCAGGCUGCGACGGAUCGGGUCACAUCACCGGAAACUACGCGUCACACAGAAGUUUGUCUGGAUGUCCUCGGGCCAAGAAAGGAGGAGUCAAAUCAACGCCUUCCAAGGAUGAUAAGGACGAGUCUGAGCUGCUCAGGUGUCCCGUUCCCGGCUGUGACAGUCUGGGACACAUCAGUGGGAAGUACGCCACCCACCGCAGUGCCUACGGCUGUCCACUGGCCGCCAAGCGGCAGAGGGAAGGUCUCCUUAAUGGCACUCCUUUCUCCUGGAAGGCCUUUAAAACCGAAGGCCCCACCUGCCCGACCCCGGGCUGUGAUGGUUCCGGUCACGCUAACGGCAGUUUCUUGACCCACCGCAGCCUGUCAGGUUGUCCAAGAGCUCCGGCCAACAAGAAGAAAACCAAACUUCCUGGAGACGAUUUCAUAACAGCCAAGUUCAGAGCAAGUGAUGUUCUGGAUAAUGAUGAAGAUAUCAAGCAGCUGAACAAAGACAUCAAUGAGCUGAAUGAGUCCAACGCAGAGAUGGAGGCAGAUAUGAUGAAUUUACACACUCAGAUUUCUUCAAUGGAGAAGAACCUAAAGACCAUGGAAGAAGAAAAUAAGCAGAUAGAGGAGAAGAAUGAAGCUUUGUUCUUGGAGCUGUCUGGUUUGAGUCAGGUUUUAAUUCGCAGUUUAGCCAACAUCCGCCUGCCUACUAUGCAGGAACCGGUGUCGGAGCAGAACUUUGAUCAUUAUGUGGAGACUCUGACGUACAUGUUUACCAAUAAAGACUGCUACCAAAACCCAGAGAGCCGAGCGCUGAUGGAGUCCAUCAGCCAAGCAGUGAAAGGCAUCGAGGUCUGAUGCCAGGCAGCGGCGGCGGCGGCGAGCAGCGACCACAUUCUUCUGGAGUCCAUCAUGUCUCUAUGUGAUCAUUCUUCCUCUUCAGUUAUUUCUUACCUGUUACCUCCAUUAGUUCUUUAGCAUGUUGUUGAGUGACGUGUGAGCCAGGACUGCAUGUCAGGUGUGCUCGCAUCCAAGGGUUACAAUAAGUCAGGAAGUUCAAACCAGGAAACGAGAGCAGAACAAAUAAAAGAGCCUGAAGUGAAGUGAGUUAUGAACAUAUCCCAAUAAAUCUGAUAGUAUUCCACAUUAGCUUAGUGUUGCACCUCCAAUAACUAGUUUGUAGGUUUAUUUUACUGUUGUUGUGUAACUAUUUGUGUCCUGUGCAAUUGUUAGUUGCAUAACUAACUCAUAUCUGCUGCAUUUUUUAAGCUAUUAUUUAUUAUUUAUCUGCUUUUUAAAUUAUUUCAACGCCCAGAUGAAAAAGAUUCAAUAACACAAUAAUAAAGAUAAAGGGGUCAUUUCCUCCACUGCUGAACAAAGAGGAAAUAUUUUAAGAUAUCAACUAUGAAUUAUUUUCUAUAUCUUAUUGUUUAUUUAUGUACUGGGAUCUUUUUAUGUGCAAAAAUUUUGUAACAAAAAGUUUUUAAAUAAUUUUGUAAGGAUUUUUGUGCUUCUGUUUAUAUCCCUUUGAUUUUUAUUUCCCCAAACUAUUUUGAAUACACUGCUAUAGAGAGGAGGAGACGGAGCUGUGCAUAUUUGGUAUUUAUUUGGUGAAAAAACAAAGUGAUGGUGAAUAUUUAUUUUUUAUUGUCUAUGUGCUCAAUGAUGGGUGUAAAUUGAUUAGUCUUUAUGUUUCUCUUGAAAUAAAAGUAAAGUU